GAAUGCCUGUCGAGUCAAGCGGUGCCUGCUUUCUUGGUAGAGCUUGAAAUUCGAAGAAGAACAGGCGAUGACGACAGAACAAAUUCAAGCAAUCAAAGCAUAAGUUGUUAGGUAUGCGUGGAAUAUGCGCAGCUGCGUUCAGUGCAAACCUUUAAAUCUUUAAGCAAGUUUAAACAAUUUCUUACUGCCUUACAAUCGAAUUACUCCACACAGGGCUGGGCUUUUUCCAUCAAGCUAUUGGGUCGAUUAUCAGCUGGACAACUUUAGUGAUAAUUCUGUCCUUAAGAUGGUUAGCAUCUCCAAAGCUGAGCCUUUUGAAUACAUGGCGGCGUCAAAUGCCGUUUGAGCAAGCCAAACGAUUCCAUGGUAUUUGCAAACUACAGAAAAUGAAACGCCAUGUUCGAGACUCUGAGGGCCAGUAUUUUCGAACUCAGAGCACCGUUACUCAAACAAAGAGUCGUAUUUGGCCAUCAGGGAACAUUAGACUAGGGAUAAGCAACAUACGCUCACUUUCCUGCCCUAUUUGAGCGAAAGAACAAAAGGUAAGGCGUACACGCGUGAAGCGAUGUCGCCUAGAUGUUUUUUUUUCUGGCCGCAACGUUGUCAAGAUUUGCGUGCCGCGUUCCAACCUGUGGAUUAUGACUUUCACUAGUGCUCGCACUAUCUGGCCUGUAAGUAGGGAGAGUUAGUUGAAUGGUUGGUUACAUUCGCGUGAUAUAUGUGCUAAAGGAAUCUCAAGUAGAGAGCUUUUCGUCGCAACAAAUUAAGCGGAUAGUGUUUACAAAUGUCUGAAAGUAGGCUCAGCCCGCAAACAAUUCUUUGGGGUGCAAGCGACAUCAGUGAAUGCAAAACAGAUCUCGCUCAAGGUGGACUACACGUAUGAUUGGCUCGUACCUCUACAGAAAUGACAAGGUAAUAAAGGCUCUCGGUUUGACAACUCAGAGACUCCAUUUUUGAGCAUUAAUUGAUUCAGACUCUGAGAAUCAUAACCAUAACUUCCCGCGGAACUACCUGACAGCAAAUGUAGUCAUUCUGACGUCCAGGUCUGAACAAGGUUGUAUCAUCUGCGACACUAGAAUCAUAUCGCACACACUGACUUUAUAUUCGUUGUUUUAUACUCUGGAGUGGUAGCGCAUUUUGCGGCACAUCGUCAAAAUCAAAAAUCGUUCGCCUGGACGGCUUCGCCAGGUGCUGAUGUUAAACCCCUGAAGGUUCAACCAGACGUCACGAAACAUUUAAAAUAUCUACAGAGCUGA